AUUAAAGUGGUGAUUUAGUCAAAAUGAUAUUAAAAUUGAAUCACACGACUAAGUAAUAUCUUAAUUAAUAUGAACCAAUCCAUUAACCAUAAAAUUGUAAAAGGAAGGGGAUGCGAUGUGAGAUGAGAUGAGUAUAGUUAGGUGAUUUUUGAAAACAUCUUUCUUUCCUUUUCAGAUUCAUUUUUCAUUCAUUCAUUCUUUCAUGGCGGCAACCCACGCUCCCGAUCAUCCCACUGAAGAGAUACCAACUGAACCAGAUAACAUCAAGGAUCAGAUUGUGGGCACAACAACUAUAGGUCAUUCAAUGGAUACCACAAGUCAGUCAGGAUAUUUUGGUUCAGGUGGAGAUCAACCUCUUUACCCUCCUAAUGUGUAUGCGCCCCAGGCCCAGGCUUUCUUUUAUAGAGGUUUUGAAAAUGGCAAUGGCGAAUGGGAUGAAUAUCCUUCAUACGUCAAUUCUGGGGGAAUUGAAAUCGGAUCUCCUGGUGUCUACAAUGAAAAUCAAUCCCUUGUUUUCCAUUCUGGAUAUGGCUUCAAUCCACAAAUGCCAUAUGGACCAUAUUCCCCAGUUACCUCACCUUUGCCUUCUGUAGGUGGAGACCCACAGUUAUACUCUCCUCAGCAAUUUCCAUACACCCCACCUUAUUACCAACAGCUGGUUCCUCCGAGCUUACCAUAUCUUAAUUCACCGACUCCAGUUUCUCAGCCCGAGCUAACCAACCUGCUAGGUAUUGACCAACAAGUUGAGAGCAAUUUUUUUGGACCAAGAGCAGGCUAUCCCUCCAUGGGGUCUUUUGCUAGAGGAAGCUUUCCUGUAGCACCUGGGUCCUUCAGCUUUCAUGAAUCUCAACAAGGAUUUGAUGGAUCAAGAUCUGGUGGACUCUGGUCAGAUUCCUCAAAACCUUCAGAAAGGCAGAGGUCUUUGAUGCCUUUAUCACCAUCUGUUUCUCCACAGCCAAUUGGAUCAGUCAGGUCAUUUGGCCCGAGUGCUGGAAUGGCUUCUCAUCAACCGCGAUCGUUGUAUGGGUUUGGAUCCAGUUCAAACCCCUAUGGCAGAGGCUAUCUCUCUAACCCCAGUUCUAGCUUUGGAGGCUCGGCCAUUUCAAACCUUAGUGCUAAUGAUAGGAGCUUCCUUUCUCUUGAAAAUAGCAGACGGCACGGCAGGGCAACUGCUUCUCUUUGCAGAUGUAAUGGUACUCUUGAUAUCCUUAGUGAGCAGAACCGAGGACCAAGAGCCUCAAAGCUGAAAAAUCAUCUAUCAACUGAAAAUAAUCCUAUUGAUGAUGGUAAAAGUAAUGCAUCUACUGUCAAGUUCCAAGAUGAAUCACUCAACCGGCCAGAUUUUGCUACGGAUUACAAGGAUGCCAAAUUUUUUGUUAUCAAAUCUUAUAGUGAAGAUAACGUUCAUAAGAGCAUUAAAUAUGGCGUCUGGGCUAGUACACCAAAUGGAAAUAGAAAGUUAGAUGCUGCAUAUUGCCAAGCAAAGGAGAAGCAAGAUGCUUGUCCAAUAUUUCUAUUUUUCUCGGUAAAUGCUAGUGCUCAGUUCUGUGGAGUAGCUGAAAUGGUUGGACCUGUCAAUUUUGACAAGAGUGUGGACUUCUGGCAGCAAGAUAAGUGGAGUGGGCAGUUUCCUGUGAAGUGGCACAUAAUUAAAGAUGUUCCAAACAGUCAGUUUCGUCACAUUGUUCUUGAAAAUAAUGAUAACAAGCCUGUUACCAACAGUCGAGAUACUCAGGAGGUGAAAUUGCAACAGGGGAUUGAAAUGUUGACUAUUUUUAAAAACUAUGAAACUGAUAUGUCCAUCCUGGAUGAUUUUGAUUUCUAUGAAGACCGGCAGAAGGCUAUGCAAGAACGUAAGGCAAGGCAGCAAAGUAGCGUGAUGACUACUGGAUUAGUUGGGGGGAGUGAUCAUCGAAGUUCUUCCGACAGUACUGGUGAUUUCAUCAAGCAGGUGUCGAAAAACUUUGCACUCGUUGUUCGCUUAGAUGAGAAGAACAAUAACGAAGUUAUUACUGCCAACAGAGAUGAUUUAGCUUCUGAUGGUAAUGUAUUUAAACCUGAUGAAGGCAUUUUAGUGGCUGCCUCUUCAACGCAAACCAGUUAGUGCCAAAGAAUUUGAUCACAUCAGCAUUGGGUCGUCAUGCUUGCUAUUAUUAUCUCCUUAGUUUUUCCAACAAGGCAGUGUUGUGAUGUCAUUGAAAUCUUAGGGGUUUCUAAAUCAUUGUGUUUUUGCAUAAAAUAUAUGUUUUCCUCCCUUAUAUUACAUUACACCUUUGCUUAUUUUAGUAGGUUAGGUUUUAUUCCUUGCCUUUUGGUUUUUGUUUAAUAAUAAUUUUGGGCUUGUUAGGGUCUGCUUGAUUUUUAUUUCUAUUUUUAAUUUUAUAAAAGUCAAGUUUCUUUUUUCUUUCUAUUUUUCAUUUUAUGUACAAUUCUCCAGAAACACAUCGCUAGUUCUUGUAGGAGACAGAUAAGUGAAACCUUCAAUUUUCCAGCAA